AUGGGGGUGUUUGGAAAUAGACGUAUUGACUCUACCACAUCACCGACUACCACCAUACCAAUCACCACAACACAGACUACCACCCCACCAACCACCACAACACCGACUACCACCACACCGACUACCACAAUACCAACUACUACUACCACAACGCCAACCACCACAACAACAACACCAACCACUACCACAACAUUUCCUGCUUGCUUUACAUCAACUGCAUACCCACCAGUUCCAACAACAACUUGGAACCAGUCGUGUAUUGACCACCACAAUGCAAUCAGAGCAAAACACAACUGUACUCCACUGGUAACAUUUGAUGUUGAAGCGUCCAAAACUGCCCAGCAUUGGGCAGAGCAACUAGCUACAUAUGGUCCUUCAAUAGGGCCUAAUGGACAUAGCACGAGACUGGGUCCGGGUGAGAACCUCUAUUCAACAUGGACUGGUAAUAUUGACGAACACGAAGGACAUGUACCCAUUACGUUUAACCUGUGCCAAAAAGCUGUGAUGCAAUGGCAUAGCCACAUCUGUAAAUAUGACUUCAACAAUAUUCUAGAGUCCUACGAUAAUGAUGCUGUAAGGCAUUUCACCCAGGUAGUAUGGAAGGAUUCAUGGAGGGUUGGUUGUGGUUUAGCCCAUGUUAAGGAAGACCAUCCAGACAGAGCAACUGUUCCCUACUAUGGUAUUAGGUACUAUGUUGUAUGCCACUACAGCCCACCUGGCAACGUAGCAGGCCAGUACAUGGACCAGGUGGAAGGUUAUGCUGAUGGGGAAGAACCAUUUACAAUGUGUAUGUAGGUGCAACUGAGAAGAAUCUGAAGGAUAGAACUAUUUAUGCACCAUAAGGGUAAUAAAACAUAUAAAUGGAUUCGGAUACAAGUGUGCAAUGAUGUAACUGUUUUUUUGGUAAUACUGUUUAAAAGCUAAUCUGUCUGAGCUACAUUUCUUGCAUAAAAAUAUUGAAAAAUUGCUUGGACUUCUUGUAUACCACUGUAUCGGAAUUUCAGAUUU